AAGGUUCCUCCUCCAUUCUGCCGUCUGUGCUUUCCAGUGAAGCGCCGUCGGUCUCUCAGCCGAAAGCAGUUAUCCCCGCUGCCUCGCCGACUGGCCGCUGCGUCGCCGUCGCGCAGAGAGAGAGAGGUUUCUUCGUCUUCUUUUUCAAUCCGUCAACUCUGCACAUUGGGCGGAGAUGCAUAAACCUGUUUCCAUUCUUCACAUUUUCCACUCUAACCUCCAUGGUGUAUAAGCUGUAAGGUUCCCUUGUGCAGCCCAGGGGAAAAUGGCAAGUUAUUUGUGGCGGAAAUAUGCAGAUUAUGUGUACUCGAAGUGGGAGAAGACAAUUCUCUGGGACAUGGUUGAGCCAUACAGGCGGCCCAAAUCUUUCACCCCUCUCGUGACAAUCUAUAUUGUUGCUUUUUAUACCGGGGUAAUUGGAGCUGCCGUCACAGAGCAACUUUAUAAGGAGAAAUACUGGGAAGAACACCCUGGCCAAGCAGUCCCUCUAAUGAAGCCAAAGUUCUAUUCUGGUCCUUGGAAGGUAAUGAGAGGGGAUACUCUUCCUCCCACACAGUGAAAUACAGUCAUCUAUGUUAUUUUCUUCAUAUAAUCUUACCGAUUGAAGCAUGCAAAUAUGUGCUUGUCGAUAGCUAGCUGAAUCCUGGUGCUACUAUUACUGCAUAUUUCACAACAGGGAUUUGUGUUUCAUAUGCAUUGAGGAAGCGCUCUAGUAUUUGUGUGAUUCUGAUGGCAUUCUGUAUGUUGAUACUGAGAUGGUAAUAAAUAAUAAUACUAAUAAUCUGAGAGGUACUUUUAUUCUUGCUC